CGAACGUUUCGGCACUGGCCUACAUCUCCGAAGCUUAGCUUCUUCCAUUCGCAGAUUUCGUCGCACUUCAUUCGUUCUCCAACUGGACUCAAUCCCUAGGAAUCAAAAACAACUGCGCGCCUAUUUCAAUCUUGGUUCUCCGGACGAGCCAAUAACGAUCAGUAUCUGCCUUCACCGUUGUCAUGGGCAAAACUCCCAGAUAACUUCUGUGUUGUUGAAACGCGCACUGUUUCUCGUUCACCAGCGUGUCGUGUCAUUCUGGAGCCUCCCCAACAUACGGUCAUGACCCAAUGCUGGUUCUGAUAGACCCAGAACGGAAUAUUUGCCUUCCUCUACCUCCGAAUUCUCUCUGAAGCUCCAUAAGCUCAGCCGCUAAUUCCUGACAUUAUCAGCCACCCCACCUCCAUGCAUAUGGCCGGGAGUUGGGAUUCUACACAAAAGUGUGGAAGGGAGCGAGAAAUUAAGACGAGAAGAGGGAGGAAGUCAAUAUCUCUUCUUGUGAUAAUGUUGCUCGGCAUUACCGUCCACCUGUCUCCAGAAGGCGACAGCUAUCCCAAUUGAUUCCCUACAUCACAAAACAGCAACCAGUAGCGCUUCCGCUAUCAACAGAGUCGGACGUUCGUCAGACCCCACCGCAGUUCACCGGUCACCCUUCCAUCAUCAACGCUUAUCCUUCAGCUCGUUACGUCGCUUUUGGAACCGAGGGAUAAAAUAUCUGGGGAACAAGAAAUAUACAGCGACCUUUUCAUUCUCCGAAUGGUCUGCUCGACGCCCGACGCCCAUGCCUCAGCUUACUUUUUUGCUUCUCUCGAUGUCAAUUUGCCAGUGCGAUUCAGAAACUCCGAUCACUGAUCCGGUCCACCACCACCGCUGCCUCGAUUUCGUGGAAUGUCUUCCAGCUCUUGAUACGUUUCCAUGACCAUCAGGACUAUUCAAAGCGAGGGCAGGGUGGUCAUGAUGGGUGCUUCCUAGAGCCUUCAGCCUCGAACUCAAAAUCGAGCUUUACCUCCCGGCUUCCUUUCUUAUGUGCGGCCUAGGGUUAUAUAUGCGUGGCUUGUCAAAGGAUCCGCUUCGCUAUUGACCGCAUGUUGGGAGCUCUCCGCACUAGCGGAGAAGGUCAUCCUGUAACUCAGAUGACGGGCAGAUGUAACGGGCGAGCGGAUCUCAGCCGCCAGGUACUGCUGAACUUCCCAGUUUCACGUUCCCCGCUUCUCGAGUCCGUUGUACUAGUUAAGGGCCUUCAAGCCCUAACCGAUUAAUCUUAAUCCUUGAAGUUGGACACAUGCAUGUGGCGUUGGAUCCUGUCCCGCUUACACUUCCCUGGAGAAAGCUACGCUGGACAAUGUUUUGUUUGGGCGGGAACUUGGGUGCAGAGUUGAGAGAAAGUCUCAGUGGGGUGGUCCCGCAGCUUCCUUCUUAAGCGAUGUGGUUACGAAGGACACAAGUGUUGGGGGCACCGUUAUGGGGGCUUACACGAUAAUUCAAUCAAGGUCGAUAUGAGACCUCGUGGUCGUUUCAGUAUCACAUCGCACGACGGAAUGGAGUGUUUGCGAUUGUUCACGUUAAGACGUUCGAAGUUAAAUGCCCCAGAAAGAAUAAGGGCAACGUCCCGUCACUCAGCCGUUAUUUAUACCACGAAAGUGGAGCUUGAAGGCGAUCCGAGGAUGAGGCUUGCGCAAUAUCCUGUGCAUGAUCUGUUGUUCUCCCUCCAGAGAUACAAUGUCGAGGCCGGUUUGAUCUGACUUCGAUAGCCAAUGGCGACCCAGUGGCUCGAAGGGACAGGUUUGACAAGCAAAAAAAAACUCAGACCCUCGUUGGUUUCCGUCGACGCAUGGGUUUGUAGAGGGCUCAAUAUCGUGAGUUUCAAGCUCGGAAGUCUUUGGGACCUUGGACCGGGCAUUAGUCGUACGAUUCCGGAAGCUUUUAUACCAGAGUCCUUGGUGGUCUCUUUACCCCUUACGAUUCGCCCUAACAGCGAAAUGGACACUUCACUGAACUUACCUUCACCAUUGGUCGCGCUUUUCUUUGUUGGCUGGGGUCAUAUUUUACUCUACGGGGUCAAUACUGUCCUGUUUGCGGUAGGGAUGUACCUCCUUCGACAACGGACAGUUCGCGAAGGCACCAUGUUUCUCAUGAUAUCCUCCUCCAUAUUAUUUGUUCUCGCGAGUAUCUCUGCCGUAGUGAAUACAACGAUAGUAGUAGGGGGGUACCUCAGCAUACCACUGCCUGGUAACUCAACUACCUCAAUCAAUCUCCAGGUUUGCAGCAUCAUUCAAUACGUGGUUUUUCAUCUCGUCGAUUUGACUGCAUUUAUUGUAUUGGCUUAUCGUUGCUUCAAUAUCUGGGAUCGUCGUUUUCUCGUUAUCGCUCUUCCUGUGGGUAUUUUCGUUGCAGAGACCGGUGUUUAUUUCUACGAACUGCGCCGGUAUAUGAAGGUUCAACAGUUCGCAACGCUACAUCGCCUGUACAAUUUCACAAACCAGGCGUUGCCGUUCACGUCCGCUACGCUGAUUCUGGCUGCAAUGGCCAAUGCUCUGCUAACGCUUCUAAUCGUCGGUCGGAUGUGGUGGAUGAAAAGGCGUAUACAGCGCUUCAUGCGCAACGGGAUCGCAGGCAAUCUACCGCAGAAAUAUGAGUCCAUCAUCGCCAUAACGAUGGAAUCCGGAAUGAUCAUCCCAACAUUUUUCAUUCUACUCACCAUCUAUAAUAUUCUCGACGCUAAGACCGGCGACCACGACGAUGCCAUUAUUAUUAUGUCGUGCAUGAUAUCUCAGGUCAUUGCCCUUGCCCCUCUGAUUAUCAUGGUUCGUGUUGGCCUGGGGCUCACAGUCGAGCGCAACCACGUUGAAGAUUCGACUCCUUUAUCAACGAUGAGGAGUUCUCCCCGAAGUAGUCAAGUCGGCACGUUUCCAUGUGGGUUGAACAUCCAUCGAGACGUUAGAGUGUCAGUAUCUGUCAGCCCACCACGGGAAUCGGAAGAUGUGGAGUAUAAUUUGGUUUUGGAAGGUCGUCGAUUCAACUUGGAGGUUUAGGAUUUUUAGAAAUCAAGUAUGCACGGUGAACGGAUAGUCUGGAGACCACGCCUGCACCAAUCCUGGAUGUCCAUUCUUUCGAGGCCUCUUCCUUCGUUACCAUAUAAUAUUA